UUGUGGGACAAUUUGUUGGCCAAUUUUUCUUAAGUUUGUCAACCUGUUGGUGCUGCCACACGACCACGAGCUUUACGGGCGAGUCGAACUGGGAGCUCUUCUGGAAGUGUCCGCUGUAAGGAAACGUGGUUUACAUCAUUUUAAAAUGCAGGUUCCAGCGGUGUUUAUGGAUUUGCCCUUAGAGGAUCAAGCACAAGAAUUGCGAGUAUACUUCAAAAGUUUAGGCGCUGAAAUAAGUGAGGAAAAAUCACCCAAGGGAAUCGAAGAUGAUUUACAUAAAAUUAUUGGGGUUUGUGAUGCCUGCUUCAAAGAAGGCAAGGAAACUGAAAUUGAGACAAUUUUAAAUGACAUCGUUUCCAUCAUGGUAUUGAUUCCAAUUGAGCGUGCUGAAAAUUUAAUCUUAGCAUUCUGCGAAAAACUCACAAAAGCACCGGGUCAGAAACUUGGACUCGUUUGUCUCAAGGCACUCUGGCUGUUGUUCCAAUCUUUGGAUGAAAAGUCUCCAAUGAGGUAUCAUGUUUAUUACCACUUGGUGCAUAUCGCUCGCAAUGUUGAUCAAGUUAAAGCUGUAUACGGAGGAGUCGAUCAAUUAAAAGCACAAUUUGCACCAUGCCCUCCAUCUAACGAACAAAUGCAAAAACUACUUCGUCUGCUUCACGAAGUCUUACUUAGUUGUAAACAGAGUGAACAAGCAGCAGCAGUGAUGGUUGCUCUGCUCGGCACAUACACAGCUGAAAGUGCAUCUGCUCCUAGAGAAGAUGCUCAACGUUGUAUUUUGGCUGCUCUCGCAGAUCCGAAUACUUUUCUGCUAGACCCAUUAUUGGCUUUGAAGCCGGUGAGAUUUCUGGAGGGUGAACUGAUCCACGAUUUACUUCUAGUUUUUGUUCAAGAAAAACUUCCGGCGUAUCUUAAGUUUUAUAAGAAUCACAAAGAAUUUGUCGAACAUUCACUAGGACUUAACCAUGAGCAAAACAUCAAGAAAAUGCGUCUCUUGACGUUUAUGCAGUUGGCUGAGACACAUCCAGAGAUGUCGUUUGAUACCAUUCAGGCGGAACUACAAAUUGAAGAGAAUGAAGUUGAAAGCUUCAUAAUUGAUGUUUUGAAAACGAAAUUAGUUCGAGCUCGAAUGGACCAAGCUGGCCGUAAAGUGUUAGUCUCCAGUACAAUGCACAGAACUUUUGGGCGGGCUCAAUGGACCCAACUAAGAGACUUGCUCGCAGCAUGGAAAACCAAUCUCUCUGCAGUUCAAGAAGGAAUGAAAACUGUCGCAGCUGCGCAAAUCGAACUUGCUACAAAAACAAAGUGAUUCUCAUUAGUACAGCAACACUUUGUAAAAAUUAAUGAGCCAAAACUUUACAGGAACAGAAUCGAUUCCUCGUAACCCUGUAAUGUGUCCAAUAAAUCUGUAUCUCUACCAAAA